UGCGCGCUGCACACGGACAUGUCCGACAUUGAGCAAUAUUACAUGAAACCGCCAGGCUCCUGCUUCUGGGUUGCCGUCCUGGACGGCAAUGUGGUGGGGAUCGUGGCAGCACGGGGCAACGAGGAAGACAACACGGUGGAGCUGCGCCGCAUGUCCGUCGACUCCAACUACCGCGGCAAAGGGAUCGCCAAGGCCCUGGGCCGCAAAGUGCUGGAGUUCGCCAUGCUCAACAACUACUCCUCCGUCGUGCUGGGGACCACGGCCGUAAAGAUGGCAGCCCACAAGCUCUACGAGUCCUUGGGGUUCAAGCACGUGGGUGUUGUCGAACAUUACGCCCUGCCAGGGAUGACACGCUCCUUACUGGAGAGAAUGUUUUUCCAGCUCCGCUACCACCGCUACCGCCUGCAGCUGCGGGAAGAAUAAAACAAAAACCCAACCAACCAAACGAAAAAAAAAUUUUUUCCCCUCCUCCUCCCUUCAAAAAUAAUAAAUUGCCCUUCGAUUUCUCGUC